AUGGAUGAGUUGAUCUCAUACGAGGGUAAUUGGCCGGCAGGGGGUAUCAUAUCAACCGCCGACGAUAUGUUGAGGUUUGGAAACGCAAUGAUCUCUUCAUAUAAGGGCACAAAUGGUUUCUUGACUCAACAAACAGUACGGGAGUUGUGGUCACCGGAAACUGUGGGCAAAGUUAAGCCUAUAAUUAUGGGAACCGAUGAAUAUGGGGGAAUGGACGGUACGACUACCCUGUUCAAUCUAUUUCCCGAUGAGAAUAUGGUGGGCAUUGCUUUUCUCAAUAGAGGUAUGGGUGCGCAGGGUUUGGAUUUGGAAAAGUUGGCGCUAAAUGUGGCCAAAAAUUUUAAAGAUUUUCUGUAA